CACAUGAUCUGCCUGGUUCUGAGUCUCCUUUUGGCUGAAUUUUGGGUGUGUUUAUUAGAGAUGGUUUUGUUAGAUCCGAAAUCAAUCAAAUGCUAAUUUGUGCCAUUUCUUUUCAACGGUCAAAGAUGAGCGGCGCGCACCAUGCCAACAUAAACAAACGGAGCAACAAAGGUUGAUAGGAAGGGCUGGCGCCUGCCGGUCGUUACUUUUCAAAGAGGGGAGCUGCAAGCAAAACAGCCCAUUGGCGCACGCCCCCGUUCGUUCCAAAAGAUAUUUGGGCAUGGGAGGUGCAGAUGAUGGUAUAAUCUCACGUCCCCUUGUGCGGAAGCCGACGCUUGGCAACUUGCCGCGUCAUAUGAGCACGACGCGGCGCGCCUGAAACCGGGCAUUUCGCUUGCAUUAUUCUUAUCUCGCGUGAUGCCGCUAAUUCCAUAUCAUCCUUCUUCAACCUUGACGACACUAAUUCGUUAUGAGAGAAAAAUACUGUUGAUGACUAAUAAAUCGACUUCCAAACUCGCGCCAGUUAACUAGUCUUGCAGCCGGCAGGUUAGUCCUGGACGAGUGGACCAGUUAACUAGGCUUGCAGUCUCGUGGACGCGGCGGUAAAUUUUCUGUCCUGCAUUAUAUAUUGGCCCGCCUGGCGGCCUACCGCUGCCGCCUCCCUUCCUUGCCUCCUCUGCUUUUCUCCUCCGUUUCCGCUCACACAACGGCAACAGCAAGCGCGGCUCGAAGAGGAGAGCCACUCCAUCGUCCAUCCAUCGAGCUCUCAGCAUCUUCGUGCUAGGCGGCUUUCUUCCUCUUGACGCACCGCUCCCGGCCCGCGCCCCGUACCACGGCACCGGCGGCCUCGCUCUUCCCCCGACUUCCGAAUCCGCACCGCUUCUUCCGUUCCCAUCAGAGAUGGCUUCCGUCGCCGGCGCCGCCAAGUUCGCGCUCGCCGUCGCGCUCGGCUGCGCCUACAUCCUCACCCCGAUCCUCGACUUCCUCGACGGGGUCUCGCCGCGCAGCGCCGUCCUCGACGCGGCCGUCGCCGUCGUCCUUGUCACCCUCCCGAUCACCUACCUCCUCGGCGUGAUCCUAGUCUUUCUCCACGUGACCCCGGCGCCGCCCAUGCCACCGGGGACCCCCAGGCAGCUCGCUGGCCUGGCCUGCACCUUUGCGUCCACCUUGCUCGCAGUGCUCGCCGUGCCACUCGUCGCGUUCAUGUUCCUCGCUGGCGCCGUAGGCAGUGGCUGCUCGCCGCCGGGAUGCGGCCAGAGGUGAGACGGCGAUUACAUCGGCAAAGGCAGACAACAAAACCGUGCACCGACCAAAUUAAGCUAUGUGGAGAUGACUCACUGCGACAUUUUCUCCUUUCAUCCCGGCGGCGAGCUAGAUUCGCCAUGAUAUCUCUGUAGAUCCUUGCCAAUUUUAUCAUAUACUUUUUUCCAGGAUAGUUCUUGACCACGAAUCCUUCAAUCCAGCUAGAGCUAAGUGAGACUGGUCUAUGGAGUCGUUGGAAUCUUCCACCACACGCCCAGGAUACGGCCACACCUGGACAGUCCCAGUUCCUGUUCCAGUUACAACACAGAGGUGUCGACGCUCCGGCGGGUGUUCAGCUACCGAACUCGGUGUCCUGCUUGGCCUGAUGAAGAAGUCGAAGAGCACCUGUUUGGAUAAGCAUGCUGUAGACUCGCAGUUAACUAAGCUGUAACCUCUGUAUGACGUAUGGUGUAUAGUAUUUUGUCUCACCAUUUCUA